CACAACAGAAAUGAAUACAGGGUUUCAAUCCACGAAACAGCACCAAACAAGCUCUUUCGAAAAUCUACCUCAAGACAGUGGUGGAGCAGUAGCAACAGUAGGAAUUGUGUUGGCUCUCCUGAUCCUUGUGGUUGUAGUAGUGGUGGUGCCAGUGGUGUUUUACAGGAGAAACACGUGUGGUUUCAAGGAUAAAAUGGAGCUAUUAUUUAAUUAUAUCAGAAACCAUCUUCUUAGGAACACAGAAACUGAAACAAGACCCUCUGGUAGAACUGAUGAGGAGGCAGGAGCAACAGACGAGACAAAAAAUCCUUUACUUCCAGGUUAUGAAGCCGAAGUGAAUGGCUCAGAAAAACAGAAACAAG